CAUUCCCGACACUUUUCCUGGCCGCCGCGCCUCCAUUCCAUCCCGGAUCCAUUGCCGCAACGUCAGCGCCGCCUCCUCCUCUUUUCCUCUUCCUCCUCCGCCCCUCUCGCUUCCCGGCUUCUCCAGUCGCGGUUCCCGGAGUGGGUACCGAGCCCGGGGCCGUGGGGUGCCAUGCUGCCUGGGUGGCGGCGCUGAAGCAUGGCGACGCCCGUCCCUCCGCCUUCCCCGCGGCACCUGCGGCUGCUGCGGCUGCUGCUCUCCGGCCUCAUCCUGGGAGCGGCCCUGAAUGGUGCCACCGCCCGUCGCCCGGAUGCUACCACCUGUCCUGGAAGCCUGGAUUGUGCACUGAAGAGGCGGGCAAAAUGCCCACCAGGUGCGCAUGCCUGUGGACCGUGCCUUCAGUCCUUCCAGGAAGACCAGAGAGGGUUCUGUGUGCCAAGGAAGCACCAAUCUUCUGGGGAGGGCCUAUCCCAGCCCAGACUGGAAGAGGAGAUCGAUUCUCUGGCCCAGGAACUGGCACUGAAGGAGAAGGAGGCUGGGCACUCAAAGCUGACGGCACAGCCCUUGCUUGAGGCUGUGCAGAAGCACCUGGAACCGGCAGCUACCCUGGAAUUCUCACAAUGGGGUCAACGACUGGAGCCCAGUCUUCCCUCUAUUCAUGGAACCUCUUCGCCCACACCCCAUACCUCCUUGAGCUCCCGGGCAUCCUCUGGGCCUGUGCAAAUAUCCCCGCUGGAGCCCCAGGGAAGGCAUGGAAAUGGCCUCACCCUUGUGCUGAUCCUGGCUUUCUGCUUGGCGAGCACAGCCGCCUUGGCUGUGGCAGCCCUCUGCUGGUGUAGGCUUCAGCGAGAGAUCCGCCUGACUCAGAAGGCUGACUACACUGCCACAGCCAAGGGGCCCACUUCACCUACAACACCACGAGUCUCGCCUGGGGAUCAGAGGCUGGCGCACAGCGCCGAGAUGUAUCAUUAUCAGCACCAGAGACAGCAGAUGCUGUGCUUGGAACGGCACAAGGAACCUCCAAAGGAACUGGAGUCAGCCUCCUCCGAUGAGGAGAACGAAGAUGGCGACUUCACUGUGUAUGAGUGCCCAGGCCUGGCGCCAACAGGGGAGAUGGAGGUGCGCAACCCACUGUUUGACCAUUCUACGCUGUCAGCACCAGUGCCUGGCCCCCAUUCCUCACCGCCACUGCAGUGACUCCUAGGCUGAUGCCUACUUGCCUGCAGCCCACAGCCCACCGGUGGGGAUAAGCAAGUCCUGGUGUUCCCCGAGGAAAAGAACAGCAUUGUGACCCUCUGCAUGCUUUUGGCAGGAGGGAGGUGCUAGCCCCUGGACUCCCUUGCCAGGGAGGUUCUCCACCUUAUGUGGGAGAUCUAGCAUCUGCUUGCACAUUCUCUGUCUGGUCUGAACCCUCAAACUGGAGAUACAAGUCCAGGAACCCUAGAGCCCAGGCAUGGAUAGAGAGUUCUGGAGACAAAAGCCAAUUAAAGUCUUUUUCAAACCUGUGA